ACUUCAGUCCUUUUGCCCUCGCCGCCACCGUGCUUUUGCCGGAACGGAUCUGUCCCCUGCAAUUUUCCCCCCGAUCACAUCCUUUUCCGCCGAACGUGCAUUUCCCUACGACCCGCAGUCAAAAUGAAGCUGUCGAAGAAACUCGUUGUCGCUCUCUGCUGCUCGGCGGGCGUCGCCCUGAACGCCGCCGCGGGGGAAUCCACCGGGGAGGCUGUGACAGCCGUUGCGACCCGGGAGAUGCCAGGUUUUGAAGCACCCGAAAUUGCCGACAACGUCGAGGAAGGCAGCGAAGAGCUGCAGAUCGCCGCUCCCCGAAGCCGUCGCAGCAGCGCAGCCCAGUCCAGGAAGGGCCACCGCAAUGCCGCCAAACUCGGCCGCGCCGCGGCAGUCAUCGCCGCUAUCCUCGCCGCUCUCGGCGGAGGCUACUACAUGAUGAAUAAGGAAACUGGUGAUGAGCAGUCUGCCGGUGACAAGACGCAGGAGGUGUCCGCCGAAGGGACGAAGAAGGUCGCUGAUACCCCGGAGGAAGCGGCCAAGCCGGGCCCUGCCGCCGACGGUCGGAGGUUCCGCACGGCCAGAAAUGCUCUGAUCGGUUUGGGAGGCACCGCAGGCAUUGCCGCUCUAGCUGCUGCCCUUUACCAGGUGAUCCAAGGGGAGGGAGUCUUUUCCGACUUCCUCAAUGGCGUUCCCACCACCGACGGCUUCGACUCCAUGAACGGCACCUCUCGGCCCCCGUGGGCUCCGGGAGCAGGGCCCGAGAACUAA